CUCAACUCCGUCCUCUUCAACUCACCCAAGAGAGCAGAAAAUAAGACACGAUGAUCAAUCCAAUCACCCUCACCACCCCCCGUCUCACCCUCUCUCCUCUCACGCUCGAAGACGUCCAUGACCUGCAUGAUCUUCGUAGUAGGGAAGAAGUUAUGAAAUGGAGUCUAAAAGGCCACCCCGACGCCGACCUCCCCACGACCCAAACCUGGCUUACCCGAUUCCUCUCCCCGGAAAUCACCCCCGACUUGGGGCCCAGAAUGUGUUAUGCGAUUCGCAUCACCGAUUCACCACAACAGACUCCAUCCACUACCACUACUUCAACUACAUCCAAAGGAAAAUUCAUCGGCACCUUAGGAAUCCACGCAGAACCAUACCCUAUAAAUACCAAUACGGAACCCGAUACCAAUACCUACAUCCAUCGAAAUAACUCAUCCGAUACACAGCCUAAUACUAAAUCCGCUCCUAAAUCCGGUAUACAUACAGCACCCGAUACCAACACCCAUGGCGAUAACGCCUCCGACACCAAGAGGGAACUCGAUACCGUCACCGAUGGACAUAACCCCUCCGCUACCGACGUUUAUGGUAAACCCGGUGCGCAGGCCGGUAUAAAUACGGCAUCCGAUACCAGUCCAAAUACCAAUCCCAAUUCCAAUACCAAUAUCACCACCACCAACCAUCCCAAACAAAUCUUCGAAAUCGGCUACAUGCUGCACCCGACCGCCUGGGGCAAGGGAUACGCCAGCGAAGCCGUCCGCGCCGUGACGGAGAAAUGGUUCUCGGGGGAUCCGUCUGAGGGCGCAGAUAUGCGGUUGUUGCGGGAGGUACAGGCGAAGGAGAGGCCGGGAGUGGAGGUUGAGAGGGGACUGUUUGGGAUUGUUAAUCAGGGGAAUGAGGGGAGUGUGGGGGUUUUGAGGAAGAUGGGGUUCGGAGGGCCUGUGGAGAGGGUGGUUGAGGGGGAUGGGAGGGUGAGUUUUGUUUUUUGGAGGGAGAAUUAAUUGGUCUUUAGUUUUUGGCUUCAAUGUUCUUGGUGCUAGUGUGUGUGUGUGUGUGAAGAGGAUGGGGUAUGUAAAGGAGAUUAAAGUUUAUUAAGCUGGGGUAGAUGUAUACAGUCAUGGUAUUGGGUAGGAAUAUAGUGAGGGUAUUC